AUGGGUCUCCUCGACAAGCUUAAGAAGAAGGAUCAGUCCGACGACAACACGGACUCGGCAGGGGAGGAUGGCGGGCGCAGGGUGGACGCCGCCGAGUUCACAUUUAUUCGGACAGAUACCGCCGGCCAGGAAAUCAUUCGACCCCCCAAUGACGGCCAGGAGCAGAAGAAGCUGCUCUCGCCCAAGACUUCGGUGCGUUCGUCGCCCCGCCGGAGCCUCGACGUCUUUCGAUCAAGUCGAUCGCGCAGCGAGUCCGUGUCCUCGCAGACGAGCCACUCUUCUAGACGGCGCCUCUCGGAGCGACUGCACCUGAGCAGGCAGGCCGAGUCUUCCGAGAAUGUCCCCGAGAACCUGCCCGCGAUCACGCGCUCCGACCCGGCCGACGAGUCGCAGUGGGAGCAGCGGGCGACGAUGCUGGCGGGACAGAAUGAACUCGCCCGUGGAAGGCCCGCGUCGCCUGUCCCCUCCGAGGGCGUGUCGCGGAUGAGCCUGGCGCCUGGGAGCACCGGGAGGAAGAGGAGUGCCAGCUCGUCAAAGGCCAUAGAUGACGAUAUCCAGCAAGCCAUCCGGUUACACGAGGAGGGGGACCUGGAGCAGUCGACCAAGAUAUUCGGACGGCUGGCCGAUCCGCAGGGGCCGAACAACCCGCUGAGCCAGGUUCUGUACGGUCUUGCGUUGCGACACGGAUGGGGCUGCGACCCUGAUCCGGCCAAGGCCAUCACCUAUCUCACCGCGGCGGCGUCCAACUCGGCCGCCAUCGAGCAGCUUGCCCUCCAGGCGGGCAUGAAGAAGGGCGGCGCCGCCAAGGGGGAGUUGGUCAUGGCGAUAUUCGAACUCGGCAACUGCUUCCGCCACGGCUGGGGCAUCAAGAAGGACUUUGUCGCCGCGAGGCAGCGGCAAGUCUCGCCGCAGCAGUCACUCCCAAGGCCAACCGGUACACUAACAAAAGCUUCAACAGACGCUAUGAACGAAGCUGCCUUUUGCUACCUCAAUGGAAUCGGUGGUGAAAAGGACAAGUACACCGCGGCCCGGUACUUUCGACAAGCCGAAGAAGCCGGCAACAAGACUAUCGGAAAUUCAUGGUGCCCGUUUGUCAUGUCCUUUGCGUUUGUGGCAUUUUCUGCCAGAAGCACGCUUGACCCCCGUUCGUACACAUCUCUGCGCACAUACGCGAACCCAUGUAAAAAGAAGGAAAGAAACCGCAUCCAGGGACCAGGCAGCUUGGUGUCCGGUGAUGAAGCCUGUUUUCUAAACGUUCACGUUGCGGUGUGCAUUGCGUCUCCUCCCUCGCGAAUUCAGAUACGUCGCCAAUCAACCAAAUCCAUCAUGCAAACGUGCUGCCCUGUCCGUCUCGCCACCAUCCAACUACCUAGAUACGUACUCCGUGCCCGGCAUCAUUUGACGCGCCACCAGCCCAGGAGACCAAAACCCCGAAAAAUCCAGCCAACCCGCACCCGCGCCAAGGUCACGAUAGCCCAAGAUCGAGGCACAUGCGCAAGCGGUGUGAGACCACCCUGUCUAGGACGGUGUCUAAGACAAGCAAACCCCCGUGUCUCACCUCCGGGCCGCGGCCAUCACAACGUCCAGAAACUGCCAUUUUUAGCUUCCCCCCACCAGUGGCCGCUGUGGCUGGGCCCAGCGUCUCCGCGCUCAUUGGCCUUUGUGACAAAGGUCAACUGCUACUCGCUUGUCUUCGUCGUCACGUUGUUGCGAACAGAUGCUACUCUCCAACUUUCCCCUGCAAGCGAGCUGGCCUGCUCCGUUCCCAUGCGUCUCGACGUAAGGCACACUUUGACAUUACAUUCAAGCACUGCUAUCGAGUACAUAAAACCCAAGGAAAGAGGCGGCGACGGCGAGUCGCCAAGCCUAGAAAUAAACAAGUCAUUUGCACAAAAUAUCAAUGCUCGCUCGCUUGCUAAAAACAAACAACCCAUCAAAGUUAAAGGAAAUUUCGUCAAAAGUAACAAACAUGAAAACAUUCCAUCAUCAAGUAUUCAAGAGGACGGAGUCGGCACAAAAAUAACACUUCGUUGCGUGAGCAAAUGGUCUGAUUGGCUGAGUCAUGUCCGCGAAGAAGACAGUCAAGAAUAA